CUCUCGAGUCCAUAAAUACCCCCUGCUUCCCUCCCUUCCUCCCCAAACCCUAAAUCCCGAAGCGAGCGAACAAUGGCGAUGGCCUCCUUCGUCCCUGUCGUCUCCCUCCUUGCCCUCUUGGCGCCUGCGGCGGGGCGCAUUCCCGGCGUCUACACCGGCGGCCAGUGGCAGAGCGCCCACGCCACCUUCUACGGCGGCAGCGACGCGUCAGGCACCAUGGGAGGGGCAUGUGGGUACGGGAACCUCUACAGCCAGGGAUACGGGGUCGAGACGGCAGCGUUGAGCACGGCGCUGUUCAACGAGGGGCAGAGCUGCGGGGCGUGCUUCGAGAUCAAGUGCGCGGAGGACCCGCAGUGGUGCCACCGCGGGAGCCCCUCCAUCUUCAUCACCGCCACCAACUUCUGCCCGCCCAACUAUGCGCUCCCCUCCGACGACGGCGGGUGGUGCAACCCGCCCCGCCCCCACUUCGACCUCGCCAUGCCUGCGUUCCUCAAGAUCGCCGAGUACCGGGCCGGGAUCGUCCCCGUCUCCUUCCGAAGGGUGCCGUGCAGGAAAUCCGGGGGGAUCCGGUUCACCAUCCACGGCUUCAAGUACUUCAACCUGGUGCUGAUCACCAACGUGGCGGGCGCCGGCGACAUCGUCCGCGCCAGCGUGAAGGGGUCGCGCACCGGUUGGAUGCCCAUGUCCCGCAACUGGGGCCAGAACUGGCAGUCCAACGCCGUCCUCGUCGGCCAAUCCCUCUCCUUCCGCGUCACCGGCAGCGACCGCCGCACCUCCACUUCCUGGAACAUCGUCCCUUCCACUUGGCAGUUCGGCCAGACCUUCGAGGGCAAGAACUUCCGCGUCUAACACUGCAACUCGAAUGCUUCUCCACUCUCCUUCCUUUUAGUGACAUGGAGGUGGCUGUCUGUGUGUGCGUCAGAGACUUUGACUGCGUGUUUUGGUAGUCUUCGAAGGCAAUGGCGCUGAAGUGGCUGCAGACCUGAAGUGAGUCUUGUGGCCCGCAGCUGCUCACGUGUCCGAAUUGGUCUUACAUUGUAGUAGUAGUAGUAGUAGAAGUAUGUAGCGUUGCUUGUGAUGCGACUUCUUUUA